UGUGUGUUGGCCUUCGCUGAAUAUCGGUCUGCGAUCGAGUGACCUUAAGAAACAAACAAGAAAAAAACGGAACAGAAACCACAAGACAGAAAACGCAACGGCCAGGACGAUUUGAUUUUCGAUUCUUAUUCGAGUCCUGGCCAGGUUAUCGCAAUUACACGAAGAAGCAAAAUGGAUUCUCUCCCUACCCCAGGAACCGCGUUCCUCACUUCGCUUCUGGACUUUGGAGAAGAUACCGAGAAGAACUUGCACAGCAAUAACCUUGAAGCACCACUUGAUCUAAUACAGCAGCAAAGUCCGCCUACAAGCGAAACCAAGAAUAGAUCUGAAAAAUCAACGGGGAAUGUAGAGGCGGCUCCAGCGCAGGACUACUCGCUAUUUCAACAGGAGAUUGAAAGAAGAUUUAGUCAUGCUAGAGAGUCUGCCAGAGUACCCAAAGAAUCGAAAGCCCUCACCCAAGAUCAGAUCAUGUACGUUGCUAAUAUUUAUUUCUACUGUUUUGGAUGUAUGCUGACUUACACUAGAUCCACGAUCGAUAAUGCUACUUCCUAUGUUACAAAACUAGAGACGCAAACUGAAAUACCCCUACCUUUGUAUCCUCAGAACGAUUUUGACUUUGGCAUGCCUUUCUCGCUACCACUUGUUUCACCAGUCGGGCCAGCUAUACCAGAUACUUCGCUGGAUUUUGAAACCAUGUUUCCUCAUCCAUUAGAAGGAACAGGCUUCGAACACCAAUCCCAAUUUUCCCCAGAAGCGACGCAACAAGUUUCUAAGUCUCCCACAGAAGCCAACAAGAAACGAUCUUUGCCAGUCGAAUUUCCCGGCGAUUCGGCGCUCCCAAGUACACCAAAGAAAGCGAAAGGCGCGCUCAAAAAGUAUGGGAAACCCCGCGCGCGAAGAGCUCUCAGCGAAUCUCAAAUGAAACAAAAACGUGAAUCAUUUCUGGAGCGCAAUCGGGUAGCGGCCAUGAAAUGUCGAUCGAAGAGGAAAGAUGUAGUUCAACAACUACACGAUGAUAUGAGAUUGAGGAGUGAGCAGAAUGCGGAAUUGAGAAUCAUGCAUAAAGGAUUGAUAGAUGAGGUGGAGUCGCUGAAAGAUAUGCUCGGGAAGUGUCGUGAUACCCAAAACAUCGAUGUUGAUGUUGAUGAUAAUGAGAAGAUGGCGGAAACAGAAGAUAUUUCAGACAAGGAGAAGACGGCGUUCAUGGAUGUGUUGAUUAAAGAAGGUCCGAGACGUCUAGGUUGAUAGAGGACUUGGAGGAUUUGAGAUUUGUUUCCUGAUUGGUUGUAGGGUUGCAGGCAUAGAGUAGUACUGCGAGGUGUGGUUG